AUGGGCGUGCUCGGCCAGAUGGACUCUAUCCCCCUAUCACCGUCCCCCUCGGUCGCCGGGACAGAUGACGCUGCCCACGAUACUGUGCCCACGACGGGCAGUAAUUACGGCGGCAUCGACGCCGAAGUUGAGGAGAACCUGUACAGACUGCCCUAUGUCUCGGAUGAGGGACUGCGCAGCGACGCCACAGACCGCCGCAAGACGAUCAGUUCCUGCCAGGGCGACUAUUAUCCUCUUUCUCCCGAUUUCAGUGUCUCUGGAUCAGCCGAAGGACAUUUCUUGCACCUGGACACCGGCUGUCGCCUCCUUUCGUUACCUUCCGAGAUCAUCGAUGCGAUCCUUGCCUACCUGCCGCCCUGCGACCUGGCCAUUGUCUCCGAGACGUGCCGAAGCCUUCAUGCACACGCGACAUCCGACGUUCACUGGUACCAGAGGGUUCAAGCAAAUGUUCCUGGCCUGAAACUCGAGACUCCGUAUCCGUGCCGUACGUAUCGCGAACUAUAUGCCGCGCACGACCCGAGAUGGUUCCUACCGAAGUACAAGAUCUGGUUUUGCGACCGCGACCUCAUGGGCAAAUUGAUUGUCGUAAGGUACGACCAGCGAAGGGGUUGCAUCGAAGGAUACCAACUGUUGGCUGUCAGCCACCGGACCACCUACCAAUACUGGCCUGCCGACAACAACGUGGUAAUCCAUGCUUUCGAGCCUCGUGUCAAGCUACAUCUGGACAAGCCGGUGCUCCAAUUUCAUGCACAUAGCGUAAAAGACAGUGAGAAUUCAACUGGCUUACCGGAACAUGGGUUUCUCCCAGAGAUACCCAUGGUUAUUGACGAACGUCCCGACGCCAUGUUCAGCAACUUCUUGAUGGCCCGCCCCCUGGACACCGCGACCGCCACCUCCAGAAUGGAAGCGCCGUUCCCGUACGGCAAUGUGUGGCCUCCACCCGCCAUACCUGCCCGUCAUCGCGUGGCGGGCGUCGCUUCCGGCUUGGAUGGCGAUGACCUUGCGCCCGGCGAUCUGCCUACUCGGCGAGCCGAGGCUUCGGACCAAGCCUUUCGCAUCCGCCAGUGGAUGGAGAUGGUUGGGGGGCCGGGGCCGGGACUCUUUCUUGGGGCAGGGCCCGUUGGCCUGAUUCAGGCGGUCCAUGCCAACAUGGGCAUGAUAGGAGGACGAGGUGUUCCUGGCGUGCACAUCGGUGAAGAAGUGGUCACGUACUCUACCCUUGAUCCUGUCGUGUAUACGCCAACCCCGCUCAAACCAUGGCGUGGCAUCUGGGUCGGCGACUACAGCGGACACGGAUGCGAGUUUCUGCUGAUCAACCAGCCCGACGAAGAAGAUGUCUCUGACGAGAAGCUCGGCCUCAUACGUGGCGUCGACGAGUCCGAAGAUGAGUGGACCAGGCGACGUACCGAUGCAAGAGUGCAUCGAGGUCGCCUAGAAGCGAUCAAGCUCACCGGCGACCCGAAUGUUCCCAGGGGGGAGUACACGUUCGUGGCAGACGACUUGGGCGAGGCUGGCUUCGUCGGACUUGCUCAGGAACCACCGUUCCAAGGCACGCGCGUUGUCAGGAGCAAAGGUCAUGUCGCUGGUACGGGCUUCAUCGAUGAUAAGUACAUUGAAUCACAGCUUAUGCUUAUUUCCCACGACCGGCUUGCGCAGUACUGGGUUGGCUUCGGGCAUAUCAGUUUCUUCGAGCGGGUAAAUAUCGAAGAGUUCGUGUCGCCCUAG